AAAUUGAUACAAUGCUAUUUGAUUUGCCCGGGGUUGAAAAAACAUCUGAGUACCAAACCAUAGUGGGUUCGGAAGGACAACAAGAAAGUGCAUUGGCGAAUUUGGAACAAAGAAAAUUUAUUUCUAAAUGGAUACCAUACGAGGAAUUUUCGGAAAUAGAAAAAAUCGGUCAGGGUAGAUCGAGUCAAGUUUAUAAAGCGAUCAGAUAUAAGAAUGGAAAUAAAAUGAUGGCAAAGGAAAAAAAAGUAGCACUGAGGAUCCUCAAUAAAUCUCAAAAUCUGGAUUCUGAAUUUUUAAAGGAGCCAAAAUUAGAAUUCUUAUUUUCAAAGAAGCAUAAGCGCAUAAAUGAAUGUUACGCGAUUUCACAAGAUCCUACAACUAUGAAUCAUAUCCUUGUUAUGAGAUAUAGACCUAUUGAUUUAAAAGUUUAUUUGCAAGCCAACUUUACGAAAAUCACUUGGUUUAACAAAAGAGAGAUAUUGAAUAAUGUCGCAUUAGGAAUUAUGUCAAUUCACAGAUGGAAUAUAAUUCAUCGAAGUUUACAUAGCGGUAAUUUGUUAAUGGCAAAAGGACAACCAAAUCCUGUAGCUGAAAUUGAUUUGGGAUUUAAUCAAACCGCGGAAGG